AUGGCAGCGCUGCGCUCGCUGCUCCUGGCUGUGCUGCUGGGGAUCCCUGCGGGGGCCCUGACCUGCUACGGAGACUCGGGGCAACCUGUGGACUGGUUCGUCGUCUACAAGUUGCCGGCCCAUAGCAGGCCUGGGGAUGCGGCCGGGAGCGGGCUGAGAUACAAGUACUUGGACGCAAACUCCGGAGGCUGGCGUGAAGGCGCGGGGUCCAUCAACAGCUCGGCAGGGGCGGUGGGCCGUAGCCUGCUACCACUAUACCGGAACAAUGCUAGUCAGCUUGCCUUCCUGCUCUACAAUGACCAGCCACCUACCUCCAGAGGGAUUCAGUUCUCUUCCAGUCGUGGGCAUACAAAGGGGGUACUGCUCCUGGACCAAGAAGGUGGCUUCUGGUUGAUCCACAGUGUUCCCCACUUCCCCCCACCUGCUUCCUCUGCUGCAUAUAGCUGGCCUUCUAGUGCUGAAACCUAUGGCCAGACCCUGCUCUGUGUGUCUUUUCCCCUCAAUCAAUUCCUGAAGAUUGGCAGACAACUGACCUACACCUACCCACUGGUGUAUGACCACAAACUGCAAGGGACCUUUGCUGAAAAAUUCCCUGACCUGGAGGAGGUAAUCAAAGGCCACCAUGUUCGCCAAGGACCCUGGAACAACAGUGUAGCACUCACAUCACAGGCAGGAGCAACCUUCCAGAGCUUUACCAAAUUUGGAAACUUUGGCGAUGACCUGUACUCUGGUUGGCUAGCAACAGCUCUUGGCAGCAACCUGCAUGUCCAGUUCUGGUACAAGUCUCCUGGCAUUCUGCCCUCCAACUGCUCCAGUACUUAUGAGGUGCUGGAUGUGACUCAGGUAGCCUUCCCUGGGCCAGCUGAACCAACCUUCAACUCUACAGUAGACCACUCCAAGUGGUGUGUGGCCCCAAAAGGACCCUGGACCUGCGUGGGUGACAUGAAUCGGAACUUACAAGAAGAACAUCGAGGUGGAGGCACAUUGUGUACCCAACUGCCUGCUCUCUGGAAGGCCUUCCAGCCAUUGGUGAAGGCCUGGAAACCCUGUAAUGAGAAGGAGAGCAGAGCCUUCUCGCCAGAAAACCUAGCAGAGCAUGUAAGAGCUUAA